AUGCUGCAGGAUCAUUCCUCACCCCUCUCAAGAUACAUUAAACUCUUGUUCCUGGCUUUAGCUGUCCUUGUGGUUCUGGCUCAGGCGUCCCCAGGUGGAUGGUUCCAAGAGUGCCAUUAUUCAGUUGGCCAAUGCAGGAUAGCUUGCAAAGAAAAUGAGAAGACAAAAGAAAAAUGUGUGGGGAACAGAUUUUGCUGCCUCCCUGUAAAAAAGCAGAAAUCAUCAGACUUCCCAAGAAACAAGAAAUGA